AUGAGCGAUGCGAACUCCGACGACUGGGUCGAUUCAUCAGAGGACUCAGACGACGACAUAGACGACGAGGCGAGCGACGGAGAUCAUGAGACCAGCACCAGUGAGCAACAGUUCCCGCGCAGGAGCGUGGAUGAGGUGGAGAGCGCUGCCGCCAACACGCGCCGCCGUACGUCAUCCAUCUCAUCCGGGCUCGCCGCCAUGACACCCGCCGAACUCACAUCCACUCAACCACGCCAACCCACUCCCCCGCCACCAAGACGUAGCUCCACACUCCCGGAUCAAAUCGAGCACGACCCCAGCCAUGAUAGGGCGCGAUCUCCAAAAUCGUCACUGCCGGACUACCACGACCCGGACUCACCUACCCAGAAACGAGGCCAUGGUAUACCUCGCAACCCUGUGGCGGAUACAUGGCGUGAGGACGCGUACCUGAAGAAGGAGGCCAGCGAACAGAAGAUCUCCAGCGCAGAGGCCGGGAAAAUGCAAGAUAGGUGGCGAUGCGAGUAUUGCGGUCGACUCAAUGAGAGGGGAGCCGAGACAACAGGGCCUGAUCCAGAAGAUCCACGCGUGGGUACUGCUGGUCCAUCUACCGCGUACGUAUACUUUUCCCGCGUCGAAAAGCAACCCCAAAAGAUGAUCUGGAUACUGCAAUGCUAA